GCGAGAAGUGGAGCGAGAAGUGGAGUAAGAGAAUUGCACCAGAUUUGAAAACAUCUCAGUCCUAAACACACGCAGUUCAUGAGGAGGACGAGACUACAGUGCGUGUGUUUGGGAAAACAAAGCAUCGCGAGAAGUGGAGCGAGAAGUGGAGUAAGAGAAUUGCACCAGAUUUGAAAACAUCUCAGUCCUAAACACACGCAGUUCAUGAGGAGGACGAGACUACAGUGCGUGUGUUUGGGAAAACAAAGCAUCGCGAGAAGUGGAGCGAGAAGUGGAGUGAGAGACUUGCACCAGAUUUGAAAACAUCUCAGUCCUAAACACACGCAGUUCAUGAGGAGGACGAGGAGACUGUCGUCUGGGUACAACACGAUAUAGCUCUUUGCAAUGUCCGACAUUUUGCCUUUUGGCUAGAAGUUUAGUAAACAACACUUCGACACGGAUUAACUUUCUUUCUGAAACAAUAACUAGAUCAGUUUGAAACACCAGACCUGUCAACCUGGUGAAAUAUUUGUGUUUCUACAUCUGAAAGGGAGUAUGGAGCACUGUCUCAAACCAGAUGUCAAUUUCCACAACCUCAAAGACCUGCAAUGUGGAGCUUGUCAGGACAGCGGAUACCUGGACAGUGGCUACAGCUCUAAAAUUGAGAGCGGAGAGGAUUUUGACCUCUCAAAGUGUUUAUCUUCUGAUGGUUAUCACGAAACGCCUAAAGAGAAUGUUUCACAGAGAUGCGAACCUCUGUCACCCAGAAAGAACAGACGACAAGCGGGCGUCAGAAGUCCACAGAGAGACGCCUUGAAGGAGCAGCCGGUAAAGAACGGCUGGUGUGAAACUCCUAAACUAUCCAGGAGAGAGCCGUUGCUGAGAAGACGUCUCCUCGUGUCUAAGACUGCAGACGAAACAGAAACGCCACGCACUAAAAAGACUGACUCGUCAUCCAAUGAGAGAACUGAACACGGCUCAAAUGUGGUCUUUGACUCGCCGGAUGCCUUUACGAUUGGAGCUUUGGCUUCAAGCACUUUAAAUCCAGAAGACGUGCUUCUGUCCGGCAGGAAACUGCGCCUCCUCUUCUCUCUUGUAAAAACCUCGACACUCGAAGAUGGUAAAUGCAACAUGGCCAAUGUCACUCUCUUUGAGAGAAAGGUGUCUGCUACGUCGCUCUCAGAUGUAGACCCGGAAGAGAGCGUCGGUCCCUCAGACCUCCUUACCACAGAGAUGCUGGAGACCCCACGCUAUAGCAGAUUAACACCCUCGGCCAAAGACAACUUCCAGACUCCUGUCAACAACGACGUAGCAGCUAACCUCUUGGACAGCCUGAGUGUCCUGAGCACCCCUACUCCUAAAUACCACUUUGACACCCCUUCCUCCACCCCUACUCGUAAACUCUACGACCGCUCUAUGUCUGAGGACAGCGGCUUCAGCUCCUUGGCUCUGGAUAAAUCUCAGGACUCCACGGUAGACAAUGAUGGUUCCUUCCAGGAGCUGCUGCUGUUGUCGUCGGGUAGCUCCAGGUGCAAGGAGACCCCCAGCAGGCUGGCUGAGAUGAUGAUGAUGAAGAGGAGGUCCAGACUGGAGCGCCAGCGUCGCCUCUCCACUCUCCGAGAGGGGGGUUCCCAGUCUGAGGGGGACCGGGACGUGAGGAACCUGGCAGCCCACAGAACUCAUCGCAGAGAGAAGAAGAACCUCGUAUCCCAGGAACAUCUGGAGCGCAGCUUCUUCAAGGAGGAUGACGACAGUGACGUCUUCCCGGAUGUGACGCCGCCAAAAACAACAACCACCGCUAAGCUAGAGGACCUGUCCUUCACGCCGGCCCUGCAGAUGGUCCGGGCCCUGUCCCAGAGGACAUCCAGGAUGUUACUGGAGCGCACCAGUCUGGAGGAACUGCUGAGGGUCUCUGAGAAGGAGGCCUUCAGGACCACCAUGCCCCUGGCUGGGCUGAUCGGCAGGAAGAUGGGCCUGGGGAAGGUAGACAUCUUUACCGAGCUGAAGAAGAAGAAUCUCAGACACAUACUGGCUAAGAUUCUCAAUCAGCUGUCCUCUGAAGAUGUCUAUAGGUGAGGAUUUUAAUACAGUAU